AUGGAGAAGCGCCGCCGCGACCGCAUGAACCGCAGCCUGGAUCGGCUCCGCGGCAGUAUCGCGGCAGUAUCGCGGCUCUAUCGCGGCUCGGUGGCCGUUAGCACCUCCUUCUCCCACCUGCUGCCUCCCCUUCAGGCUUUCUCAUUGCCCUACCGCGACUUUAUCCCCAUUAUCGCCCCCCCCAACAGCACUAUCGUGGCACUAUCGCGACCCCAACCCCCGCUGUCGCGGUGUUACAUGUGUCCCUCCCGCCUCCCUCUCGCUUCCUCCCCACCCCCCACCCAGCGCCUCCGAAACCCCAAGGUGGAGAAGGCCGAGAUCCUGCAGAAGACGGUGCAGUUCCUGCGGGCGCAGCCCCUCUCAGGCACAGGCCUGAUGGCGGCCCUGGGUGUGGCAAUGGGCCCUGUUGCCCUGGCAACAACCCCCGGCAUCCUGGAGACAGCCCCGGUUGCCCCGGCGAUGACCCCGCUUGCCCUGGUUACCACGGUCACAGGCCUGGUCUCAGGCCUACUCACAGGCCUGACAGCGGCAAUGGCCCCCGUUGCCCCGGCGAUGGCUCCGGUUGCUCUGGAGACAGCCCUGGUUACCUCGGCAACAGCCCCCGGUGCCCUGGAGACUGCCCCGGUGGUCUGGGGCCACAGACGGACCUUCUCCAUCGAGGACUUCGAGGUGGGGCGCCCGCUGGGCAAGGGCAAGUUUGGCAACGUCUACCUGGCACGCGAGCGGACCUCCCGCUUCAUCGUGGCCCUCAAGGUGCUCUUCAAGUCGCAGAUUGAGAAGGAGGGAGUCGAGCACCAGCUGCGGCGCGAGAUCGAGAUCCAGGCCCACCUGCGGCCCCCCAACGUGCUGCGUCUCUACAACUACUUCCACGACCGCAAGCGGGUCUACCUCAUCCUGGAGUACGCGCCGCGGGGCGAGCUCUACAAGGAGCUGCAGAAGUGCCGCCACUUCGACGAGCAGCGCAGCGCCACGCUGAUGGAGGAGCUGGCGGAUGCGCUGCUCUACUGCCACGCCAAGAAGGUGAUCCACCGUGACAUCAAGCCCGAGAACCUGCUCAUGGGGCUCAAGGGCGAGCUGAAGAUCGCCGACUUUGGGUGGUCGGUGCACGCCCCCUCGCUCAGGUGGGGGCUGGGGGCACCUCGGGUGACAGGGGGACACCUUGGGGUGGCCCAGAGACCCAAGGUCACGGGGCUGGAUGUGGCCUUAGAGCAGGUUGAGAGAUCCCAGGAGCCAUGAGGGACGCCAGAAGGUGUCGAUGGGCCCCACGGGGGCUUGAGG